AAAAUGCAACACAAUUUUUGUCUAAUCUUCUGACCUCCCGACCCGGGUCUCGACCCAGACCCGACCCGCGACCCGACCCGACCCGGUCCCCCAGGUUGGGUCGGGCAAAAUCCCUCGACCCGACCCACCUCUGACCCGACCCGACCUGCCUCUGACCCGACCCGACCCGACCCGGAACAACACUACGUGGAGCUUCGCGCGCAGGCACGACCUGCGGCGGCACACGGCGACGCACCUGUCCGACGCGGAGCGCGCGAAGUUCGAGUAUAUCUGCCCGUACGCUGACGACGGGUGCGUGUACACGGCGAUCCAAAAGGGGAACAUGAGCACGCAUAUAACGUCGCAGCACACGACAAGGCGGCCGCACGCCUGCCCGAUCUGCUCCUACACGACCGGCGACCCGUCCAGCGCAGUGCGCCACAGGAAGAUCCACAUCCGCAAAGGAGAGCUAGCGGCGGACGAACACUACAGGACAACAGCGCCCGCACCGCAGAGACACUCGAAUAAAACGAACGCGAUAUCCCAUCAUCGCUCGAGUAACCUGGCGUCUGCCGCGGGAUCAUACUCCCCGCCUACUGCGGUAUACGGCGGUUGCCCUGUCUUCAGCUCGAGCACAGAAAACUUUUUUCUUGAUGCGUCGCAGUCUGUGCAUGUGCGCGCGCGUCCUUCGUGGUGCUCGGACGACGAAGCCGACGACAUGGAUUUGGAUUCCAACCAGCCUUCGGGCCGCGUACAUCAGUGA